AUGAAUGUCAGCCAGCUUGCUGUCUAUCAGCUUCCAGGCGAAGCGCAAAGGAUGCAGAAACGAAGGACGGUACCUUUCUACAACCGACGCCGAGCAUUGAAGGAGCAAGAGACAUUGUGCAAUACAACCGACUCGACCAACUCAGCCCGUUUGGCAAACAUACAACACGACGAUCACAUGAGCCUUGACACGCUUUUCCAGCGUCCCAACGGACAGGCCUACGUAAGCCCUACCUCUCCAACCAGUCUAGGAGCUCGACAGGAUUCGAAGAGACAAGGCGCAAACUGGAGACGAGUGGCAUACUACACAUCAAGCGCACCUGCUCAGGCUACUGGACUUAGUUUCAUGGCCAACUUGGGGGACCCGGCAAAAUCCGGCACAUUUGAUUAUGCUUUCGGCAACUCUCUCAGCUACGUGGCUCCACAAGGCGACAAGGUAGCAGCCGAGAGUGUGCCUUUUGAAGGCACGCUGCGUACUUCUGAAACGGAGAUUGUGGUUCUCUCUGAUAAAGAGUGCGACGCGGGCUGCCCGUAUUGGAGGCCGAAUGCCACUUCACACUGCAUGUUAAAUGGCUGGUCAGGCUCGUCAAAGGCCUUCUUCAUCGAGUUUCAGAUGGACCACUAUCCCAACAAGGGCACCGAUCAGGGGUUGCUGUCGGAUGCGCCGGCAUAUUGGUUCCUUAACGCAGCGAUUCCGCGUGCGCUCCAAUAUGGCAACGACCGAAACAACGUUCCGUGCUCUUGCUGGUCGACAGGGUGCGGUGAAUUCGAUGCCUUUGAGCUGCUCAGCAAAGGGGCAGAGCGUGCAAAGUCGACGAUACAUCGACAAGGCAAUAUAGAAGGCGGCGAUUCGAACUGGUUCCGCCGGCCCGUUGGACGCAAGAUGAAGUUUGGCGUCGUGUGGCAUUAUCCGCAUAUCACGGCAUUGGUACUAGAAGACGAUUUCGACUUUUCUGCGCAGAUGACGGGCGAGAGUAUCCAGAGGCUGGUGGCGUAUGAUGCAGAUAGCUGGGUGCAUUCGCUGUAUGCCAUCGGCGACUGA